AUGGGGCGCAGUGCCAAAAAUCGAGAUCCACCAUUCAAUACCAUCCACCUUGAUCAGAAGAAAGUUAAAUUACUUAAAAAGUGGCGAAGUCAGUCACCGGAUUUAAACAUUAUUGAGAACGAACAGGCUAUAUCAAUUCUAUCAGAAUGCGGCGUAGGGAGUUGUGGACCUCGAGCAUUUUAUGGAACAUUAGGUAAAAUACCUACGCAAUACAUUAUAGAAUGCCAUUUACAAUUGGAAGAAGAAUUUGCUUUAUUUAUGGGAGCAGAGGCAGCUAUUCUUUAUUCAUACUCUUGUUCUGUUAUUAUAAGUGUGCUUCCCUCGUGCAUACACAGUGAUGAUGAUGUGUUUUUGGACGAAUCGUGUUCUCAAUGGAUCGCGUUUGGUGCCAAAACAUCUCGAGGUCGCAUUCAUUUCUACAGACACCACGAUUGGGGCCAUUUGGAACAGUUGCUAGCCGCAAGCCUUUCUCCGGGCAAGUUCAUAGUGGCAGAGGGCGUUAAUCAAAAACAUAUGGACAUUCCUGAUCUCCCCACACUUAUCAGAUUGAAAUACAGAUACAAAGCAAGGAUCAUAUUGGAUGAGAGCUAUUCUAUUGGUGUAAUAAAUCAGAGAGGACUUACUCAACUUUUUGAAUGUGAUGUAGAUCAUUAUAUUAUGACUUUGACAGAUUUCCCAAAUUGA